AUGCCGCACUUGAACCAGUCCAAGAGGCUUCAAUGUAAAUCCAUGGAGAUCAAGAACAGCCAUCGUCUCAUCAUGGACUUCUGUGAUAUGUUUCCAACCGUGCCGACAAGAACCUUCCACAGCGACCUGGGAGACAAAAUGCGAAAGAUUGAGGCCUGGCACGGCUUUCUGGAGACGAUGAAUUCAUGGUUGGCCUUGCAAGACAAGGCCUAUGUGAACGAGAUUCGCCUCUGCAUCAGUGUCAAGGACGAGAUCCGACAGGACCUUUUGCCUCCUGACACUGCAGCUCGGUCGGCGAAGUUGUUUGAGUUUGGCAAAGUGGGAGCGUGGCUGAAUGGGCAGAUCAAAUGUCUGCUACAGGCGACGAGGCGUUUUUCGCACCUUGCCCCUGAAUACUCCAUUGUCGUGCUCGAUGGAACGCCGUCCUACGUGAAGAGGCAGUACGUGGCGCUGCACGGCAACGCCAACAGCUGGAGUGAGCUCACGAAGAGCCUCAAAUACUUCGAAGAACAGCUGAGGAUGUGCGACGUGCCGACUGCAGCCAAUCGUGGAAUGGCUGGUGAGAAAGGCGGCAAAGGCGGCAAGGGCGGCCAGGGAGAGUCGAAGAGUGGAAAGGGCACUGGAAAGCCCACCUCCAAGGGAGAGAAGGGUGAAAAGGGAGAGAAAGGCGGGGACAAGGGCAAGAAGAAGAAGAACCGCGGAAGCAGAGCCUACACAGGGUGUGAUGGCGAUGCGCUUUGCCCAACGAAGUCCUGA